CAUGGAGGCCUAGAGCGGUGUUCGGCUCCACUUCCCGACAGCAUAACGAUUCUCAUAUUCUCUAUACAGUCUCUUCACCUGGAUGAGAUUGGCGCGGGCAGCGCCGGUUACAGAUACCCUAAUCAUGCUGCACUGCACAUGCAGAGCUCGUUAUACUAAACAGAGUCACAUUACCCUUGCUUUGUGCAAUUGCAACGCGGUUGCUGCUUCGCUAUGCCUGAAAGAGUCUGGUGAACGUCAAUGCGAUCUUGGCGAGUGGUCCCAUAUGCAAAUGCAACGUGCGGACGGCGUGUUGAAUGCAACAGGGUCUUUGCGAAUCGUACGCAGCGCCGAUGGGAAGCGUCAUCGUGGGUUCAGGCGCGCUUCAGAAUCGCAGCAGCCCUCAUGUGCCUGGAGAAGCCUCGCGUUUACUCCAAUGGAGCAGUGUGUGGAACGAAAACACUCGUUCAACAAAGAAAAUAUGGAGGUAUGACAUAUAAAAUCCAAAUUUAACUCUACUCUGUCACCACGGAGACUUCUCAUUGUGCUGAUCAUGACCGCUAUCAACGGAUGACGUCGUCCAUAAUGGUAUGCCGAGGGG